GGCGGACGGAGCUCCUGGCCCCCCAGACCCGGGCCCCCACGCCGACCUGCUUCACUGAGCAGGCCAGGACUGGGUGAUGGUGUCGCUACUCCCGCCGCAGUCUGACGCCACACUGCCCGGCCCCGCCAGACUGGAGGGCGAGCCCCAGGGGGACCUCAUGCAGGCACCGGGCCUCCCAGGCUCCCCCGCCUCACAGAACAAGCUUGCCGGCUUCAGCUGCUCAUCAUUUGUGCCUGACGGCCCCCCAGAGAGGGCACCCUCACUGCCCCCACAGAGCCCCAGCGUCGCAUCACCAGGCCCCGAGCAAGUCCACUGCCCAGCUGGCCCGGGCCCGGGCCCCUUCCGGCUCUCGCCCUCAGACAAGUACCCCAGCUUCGGCUUUGAGGAGGGCCCAGCAAGCAGCCCUGGGCGCUUCCUCAAGGGCAGUCAUGGGCCUUACCACCCAUACAAGCGGCAUUUCCAUGAGGACGUCUUCCCUGAGGCCCAGACCGCCCUGGCCCUUGAUGGACACUCCUUUAAGACCCCGGGGGCGCUGGAGGCCUUCGAGGAGAUCCCCGUGGAUGUCGGGGAGGCUGAGGCCUUCCUGCCUGGCUUCUCAGCAGAGGCCUGGAGCAACGGGCUCCCCUAUCCCAGCCAAGAGCACAGCCCCCAAGUCCUGGGGUCAGAAAUCAAGGUCAAGCCCCCAGCUCUGGAGACCGGCCCUGGGAUGUACUGUUACCAGCCCCCCUUGCAGCACCUGUACUGUCCCUCCCAGCCCCCCUUCCAUCAGUACUCACCAGGUGGUGGUGGUUACCCCAUUCCCUACCUGGGCUCUUCACACUAUCCAUACCAGCGGAUCGCACCUCAGGCCAGCACGGAUGGGCACCAGCCUCUCUUCCCCAAACCCAUCUACUCCUACAGCAUCCUCAUCUUCAUGGCCCUUAAGAACAGUAAAACGGGGAGCCUUCCUGUCAGUGAGAUCUACAAUUUCAUGACGGAGCACUUUCCCUACUUCAAGACGGCGCCCGAUGGCUGGAAGAAUUCUGUCCGCCACAACCUCUCUCUCAACAAAUGUUUUGAGAAGGUAGAGAACAAAUCGGGAAGCUCCUCUCGCAAGGGCUGCCUGUGGGCCCUCAAUCCGGCCAAAAUCGACAAGAUGCAGGAGGAGCUGCAGAAGUGGAAGAGGAAAGACCCUAUCGCCGUACGCAAGAGCAUGGCCAAGCCGGAAGAGCUGGACAGCCUCAUUGGAGAGAAGAGGGAGAAGCUGGGCUCCCCACUGCUGGGCUGCCCACCCCCUGGGCUGACCAGCUCAGGCCCCAUCCGGCCCCUGGCCCCUCCAGUUGGGCUCUCCCAGCCACUGCACUCCAUCCACCCAGCUCCAGGCCCCAUUCCCGGCAAGAAUGCCCUGCAGGACCUACUUGGGGGACACGUGUCCUCCUGCUAUGGGCAGACAUACUCGCACCUCUCACCGGGCCUGCCCCCUCCCGGACCUCCGCAGCCGCUGUUCCCACAGCCGGAUGGGCACUUGGAGCUGCGGGCCCAGCCAGGCACACCCCAGGACUCGCCUCUGCCCGCCAACACCCCACCCAGCCACAGCGCCAAGCUCCUGGCUGAGCCUUCCCCGGCCAGGACCAUGCAGGACCCUCUGCUGCCAGACGGAGACCUUGGCACUGACCUGGAUGCCAUCAACCCCUCUCUCACCGACUUUGACUUCCAGGGAAACCUGUGGGAACAGCUGAAGGAUGACAGCUUGGCCCUUGACCCCUUGGUACUGGUGACCUCAUCUCCAACAUCCUCUUCAAUGCCACCACCUCCUCCCCCACCCCAUGGCUUCCCCCCAGGGCCCUGUCUGGCAGAGACAGGCAGCGGGGCCGGCGACUUGGCACCACCCGGCAGUGGGGCCUCCGGGGCACUGGGUGACCUGCACCUCACCACCCUCUACUCGGCCUUCAUGGAGCUGGAGCCCACACCCCCCGCGGCCCCUGCCGGCCCGUCUGUGUACCUCAGCCCCAGCUCCAAGCCCAUGGCCCUAGCCUGAGCCACGCCCGGCAGCCACUCCGGCCUCCAACCGGCCUGGACGUCCCCGCUGGCCGCCCACAUCGGGCCCACCUAAAAGGUCAAGGAAGGAAAACCAGCCCUGUCCCCUAAGCCACCAAGCCAACUGAUUGUCAGCUGGCAGCUUGGGGGUGCAGAAGAUAGCCCCCAAUGCCACCCCUCACACAUUUCUGCCAUCUGGGGAGCCAGCUCCUCACUCAGGAUCCCCAGAGACCGAGUGUCCAGGCGAGGAAAGAACACACCAUCCCUAGCUCACACUCAUCCACACCUACGUCCUGCAUAAUAUGUGUGCACACA